UCGGUAACGUUGGACGAGGCCGAAAUUCACUGAAAUGCAGCAACAAGAUAAUGACUCGACACCAGCCGAUAAUGUCAGAGAUGAUGAUGAGGGCUUCGAUCUCGACGAUCUUCUACCGAUAGUCGGACAGUUCGGUCGUUAUCAGAAGCAAUUGCUGUGGCUGGUCUGCCUGCCGGCGUGCCUGCCCUGCGGCUUUUGCGCUUUUAAUCAACUGUUUAUGGCGGACACUCCGUCGCAUUGGUGCAAAGUGCCGGGUCUGGAGCAUCUAGAUGCUGCCCGUAGAAAGCGGCUCGCCAUCCCCGCGAGUCAGGACGGCAACGAGACGUACAGCCAGUGCAUGCGGUACGACGUCGAUUGGACGACGAUGACGCCGGAAAACUAUUCUUUCGCGACGACGUAUUCGCCUGCGCUCAACUCCUCGUGGUCUAUAAUGCCCUGCGAUCACGGCUGGGAGUACGAGACUUCGGAGAUGACGUCUUCUAUCGUCAUCGACUUUGAUCUCGUGUGCGAUCGCGCGAUUUAUCCAACGAUUGGGUUAGUAGCCCUUAAUGCAGGAGGCCCUAUAGGAGUGUAUCUUUUUGGUACAUUAAACGACAGAAUCGGCCGAAAAUUAUCUUUCUUCACAUGCUUGGCGACAUUGAUUACUGGCGGUUUUCUGACCUUUAUAUCAAAUGAUUUUUGGACCUGGGCCUCUACACGCUUUAUCGUUGGCUUGACGAUACCAGCGAUUUAUCAAAUACCCUUUAUUAUCUCUCUGGAAUUGGUUGGACCUAAUUACCGCUCAUUCGUCACGGUUAUGACUUGUACUUUCUAUACUUUGGGGCUCUGCAUGCUGGCAGGUGUCACCUAUUUGAUACGCGAUUGGCGAACUCUCGCCAUAACCACGAGUGCGCCUUUCUUAAUCUAUUUCUUUUAUUGGUGGUUUCUGCCGGAAUCACCGCGAUGGUUGUUAGCAAAAGGUCGUCUAAGCGAGGCCAAGGAUAUUCUCGAGACCUUAGCACGUGUGAAUGGCAAGGAGCUUCCGGCGUCGUUCACGCAGAGGCUCCGCCAGCGUAUGACGAUGUCAAGGUCUAAGAGCGAGGAGGAAAGAUUGAGAACCGGUCCCGGUGUACUUUCACUCUUCAAAACGCCAAAUAUGCGCCUUAAGACGUGUCUCAUCACGUUGAACUGGUUCGCCAACAACAUGGUAUACGUCGGUCUUUCUUACUAUGGGCCGGCACUGGGAAAUGAGGAACAUCUGAGUUUUUUGUUUUCCUCGCUCGCCGAGAUUCCCAGUUACAUGGCUUGUUGGGUUGUAAUGGAUCGAUGGGGUCGCCGAUGGCCGCUUUGCCUGUGCAUGGUCGUAGCUGGAGUAUCGUGCAUUGCUACGGUGCUGUUGUCGUCCGAUGCUGUCGUGGAAACCUUGAUACUAUUUCUCAUAUCGAAGUCCGCGAUAUCCGCGUCUUUUCUAAUUAUCUACCCUUUUGCCGGGGAACUUUAUCCCACGCAAUUGCGCGGGGUUGCUAUCGGCUUCUCCGCGUAUAUCAGCGGCCUCGGACUCAUCAUUAUACCCUUCGUGACAUACCUCGGAAGAGAGAGUCUAGUCCUGCCUUUGGUCAUCUUAGGCGCGAUCUCGGUAAUUGGUGGCCUGUCGGGGCUGCGGUUACCGGAAACAUUGCAUCACCGUCUGCCGCAGACGGUUGAGGAAGGAGAAUUGUUUGGCAAAGAUUGGACUUGCGCGGAUUGCGUCCGUUGUAUUCCAACAAAACUGUCAUCGAUCGCGACUUCUUACGAGGACUUGUCGACGCGAGAAACAGUCGAGAUGCGUGAAGUACCUGAGAUACCGCUUGCUCCGUCUAUUUUGGAGGAGCAACAACGGCCGAGCUUGGCGAACGCUCGCCGUUUAGUUCGCCAAUCCAGCGUGAUGGACACCCAACGCGAUUCUGACGGGACCAUGAAAAUGACCUAUUGGUUUUAAUCUUGAUCUCUUCGAAUCAUUUUACAUUCUAGUCAAAAAUCAGUCAGAGACUUUUUCUCCUAUUUCUUACAUUUUAUGUUAUCUGGAUUAAAUAUGUUUUAAUAUCGAUUAAAACACUACUCCAUCUUUGCACGUAUUGUUGAUUUGUCAAACUACUUAAGUUAUAUUUACAUGUAUAUCUCUUCAAAGUUAUAUAUUUAUAUACAAUAUAAUAAAAAAAAGCUUCCAUCGAAUAAAUACUAUUUUAGUACAAAAAUGAAACACUUAUAGUGAGUUCUAUCCUUAUCGUUUCGAACUAAUAAGCGUCUUUCUUGAAAUGAAAAAUAUGAUAGCAAGAAGAAAUCUUUGAAUUACGGUGAAUAAAAGUCCGAUUCAACUAUUAGAUUCUCAGAGAUGAAAGUCCAACCGCGAGGCGAUUGU